AAAAAAGCAUUUUUCCUGUAAAAACGUCAAACAGACAUUUUUCCUGUAAAAAAGUCAAAUAGUUUUGUUUCUGGUAAAAUAAAUAAAUAAAGGCGAAUAAAUGGAAGGUAAUACAUUAAAAGUUGAUUGCUCGCCGGGAACAUUAAAUCGAAUACGAAAUGAUGAAACGUUUAUGCGUCAGAAGGCUGCCGAAAUUCUUGAGGAAGAGUUCCGGACACAUGGAAUCUUAUUUAAUGAAGUGAUAUUUGCAUCAGACGAAGAACAAACACAGGCGACUCCCGAAAUCGUGGAAUCUCAGAAUUUUUCAAGUGAAAUGGCGUUUUCCUCGCUCGGUAAAAUGAUGGUGGCUAUCACAGAAUCCAUCGUAGUCCGAUUUUUCGCGAAAUGUUCGAAAAUACGCUACGUUCGUAGCUAUUCGAAUUCAAUGAAAGCAUUCUCGUAGAAUUCACGAGAAUCGGACUAUGAUGGAUUCUGUGAUAGCCUUGGAUAUCUUUACAGAUUGAGUUAUUAACAAGGUUAUGCUUUUGCAGAGGACAGUCAAGAUUUUACACCUAUUUACGGCAAACAGGUAUGGCUGGAAGCACCAACAACACUGAUGCUCUCUUUAUUAGAGUAACUCCGCCCCAAAGUAGGGAAGUCUGCGCAAGUAAGAAAUAAAUGCAAAAUGUGGAAAAUUAUUGAGGAACAGAUGAGAAAAGAAGGUUAUUCAUUCAGUGCCAUUCAAAUAGAAAAUAAGUUCAGGGGCAUGGAGCGCCAAUACAAAAAAAACCGUACUGAAUAACAGGCAAAGUGGAAGGACGAGCUGGAUGCAAUUUUGUCGGAAAAGCGGUCUAUAAACCCGACCUUCCUCUGGGAAAGCAGCGAUUCUCCAGAAGCAUCUAG